GGAAAAUAUACUGCAUCCUUUGGCUGCUGCACAGUGAGACAACAAGGCAUCUUCCACCUAGGAGUGUGUGGCAAUAGUGACUAGCAUGCCGUCAUCGCUGAAAUCGCUGCUUCCGGGUGGGAAAGAUGACAAGAGGAGGACCCUAAUGCACCAGGUCUCCACACUUGGGGAGAGGGUGUCGGAGUUGGAGAACAAAAAUGCCCAGCUGCUUGACGAGAAGGGUAAAGUGGAGAAGCAAUUGGAGGAGACAAAGCAGGAAGCUCAGGUCAUCUCAAGGCAGAAAGAGGAGGUGGAGAGUAGCUUGAAGGGUCAAAAUGAAAUGCUUGGGUUGAAGGUUUUGAAUGUGGAGGAAAAAUAUAAUCAUAUGGUCGAGAAGCUCCAGAUGGAAUUAUGUGCAUUGGUGAAGGAAAAAGAAAAAAUGAUGAUGGAGUCAGAGGAUCUUAAGAGGAGGUUGGAGGAAAUCCAGGCGAAGAAGGAUUUGAUGGAGAGUGAAAAGGAUAUGCUUCGGUCGGAGGCUAUGAUUACAAAGCAAAAACAGAUCAUGUUUGAAGCAGAGAUUGAGAGGCUCAAUAUGGAAUUGGUUGUAUUGACGGAGGCGAAGAAGGCUGCUGCAAAGGCAUGUGAAGCUCAAAAUGAUGAAAUCAUGAAGGAACUGGAGGAUCUUAAGAGGAAGUUUGAGGAACUGCAAACAAAUAAGGAUUUAGUGCAAGCUAAAAAUGAUGAACUUCUGUCAAAUGUUUUGGCAAUAAAGGAGAAAUAUGGCCAGUCAGAAGCAGAGGUUAAGAAGCUCCAGAUGGAAUUAAGUGCAUUGGUGAUGGAAAAAGAGGUAGCUGUUAAGACAUUUGAUGACGAGAAAGACAAAAUGAUGAUGGAAUCAGCGGAUCUUAAGAGGAGGUUGGAGGAAAUCCAGGCCAAUAAGGAUUUGGUGGAGAGUGAAAAUGAUAGGCUUCGGUCGGAAGCUCUGAUUACAAAGCAAAAACAAAUCAUGUUUGAAGCAAAGAUUGAGACACUCAAUAUGGAAUUGGUUGCAUUGACGGAGGCGAAGGAGGCUGCUGCGAAGGCAUGUGAAGCUCAAAAUGAUGAAAUCACAAAGGAACUAGAGGAUCUUAAGAGGAAGUUUGAGGAACUGCAAACAAAUAAGGAUUUAGUGGAAGGUGAAAAUGAUAAGCUUCAGUCAGAGGUUUUGGCAAUAGAGGAGAAAUAUGGCCAGUCUGAAGCAAAAGUUAAGUGGCUUAAUCAGAUAUUGAGAGUAGUGGUGGAGGCGAAGGAUGCAGCUGCAAAGGCAUGUGAAGCUGAGAAGGUAGAAAUCUUGAAGGAAUCAGGAAAUCUUAAGAGGAGGGUAGAGGAAAUUCUGGUUAACAAGGAUUUGGUUGAGAGUGAAAAUGACGUGCUUCGGUCAGAUAUUCUGACAUUGAAGCAGAAAUACAAUCAAUUUGAAGUAGAGGUUAAGAGCCUCAAGAAUGAAUUGGAAGCAUUCGAGGAGGAGAAGGAGGUUACUGCAAAGGCGUUUAAUGUUGAGAAGACAGAAAUCCUAAAGGAAUUGGAGGAUCUAAAGAUGAAGGUACUGGAAAUCCAGGCCAAGAAGGAUUUGGUGGAGAGUGAAAAUAACGUGCUUCAGUUAGAUAUUGUGACAACGAAGCAGAAAUAUAAUCAAUUUGAAGUAGAGAUUAAGAGCCUGAAGAAUGAAUUGAAAGCAUUAGAGGAGGAAAAGGAGGUUACUGCAAAGGCGUUUAAUGUUGAGAAGGCAGAAAUCUUAAAGGAAUUGGAGGAUCUUAAGAGGAAGGUGCAGGAAAUCCAGGCCAACAAGUAUUUAGUGGAGGGUGAAAAUGAUAAACUUCGGUUGGAUGUUUCUACUGCAGAACAGAAAGAAAGCAUAUCUGAAGCAGAGGUUAAGCGUCUCUGGAAGAUAUUGGAUGCUUUGAUGGAGGCAAAGGAGGUGACUACGAAGGCAUUUGAUGCUGAGAAAGAAAAAAUCAUGAAGGAAUUGGAGGAUCUUAAGAGGAAGGUGGAGGAAAUCCAGGCUAGCAAGGAUUUGGCGGAAAGUGAAAAGGAUAAGCUUCGGAUGGUAGAGGAAAUCCAAGUUGGCAAGAAAGCGGCUGAGAAAGCCGUGCAUGACAAGGAUGCUGAGGCCCAUAGGCUAAGAGACGAGUUGGUGAAGAUCCGUGUUUCUUUAUCAGAGUUGCAAGCAUCAUACAAUGAACUUGAUGCCAAGUAUCCGUGCCUGAAUGAUGAGAAGAAUUCAGUCUAGGAAGCUCUAGAUGCAGAGAAGGUUGAAGCAUGGAAGCUGAAGUCAAACGUUCAGGAACUUGAGAAUUACAAUCCUGAAAAGGAUGGUGAGACUGAGAAUUACAAUGCAGCAUAGGAGGAAAAGAAGAGUGAGAUUGAUGCCCUCAUCAGGGACAACGAGCUGCUGCACUAUGCAGUUGCUGAGGCAUAAGAGAAGAAUAAGGGUAGCAUUUUAUCAUGCCUGUCACUACACGGCUUGAAGUAAUUAUGUUGGCAAUGUGUCGCUUUACUAAUGUAAUGGUGAUCAGUUGGUA